AUGAAGACAGCAAUAACGAUUCGGAAAGUUCCCCUCCAAAAGGUAAGACCGGGGUCCAUUGCUGCUGCUGCGCUGCAAGCAUCUCAGACAAAUCUGGCACAGAGCCACGACUCUUCCAAACUACUGUGGGCAACUGAGUACGUUCAAAAGAAGGGGAAGCCAGUCCCUAUAAAUGAACUUAUGGACUAUUUAUCCCUGAGUCCCAACGACAAAGUGCUUGAUCUACUGAAAAAACUAGAGAAAAUCGAGUUUGAUCCUAAGAAGAAUGCUUUCAGGUAUAUCUCUACAUAUGACGUGCACUCCCCUGCAGAGUUAAUAAGGUUGUUGAAAUCACAAGUAACCUUCAAGGGGAUAUCGUGCAAAGAGUUAAAGGAUGGGUGGCCUCAGUGCGACGAAGCUAUCAAUGAGUUAGAAGAGGAAAGUAAAAUUCUUGUUCUAAGGACAAAGAAGGACAGAACCCCCAGAUACGUGUGGUAUAACAGUGGUGGUGACCUGCAUAGAAUCGAUGACGAAUUUAUCAAAAUGUGGGAGAACGUUCAGUUACCACAAUUUUCUGAACUACCUAGGAAAUUGCAAGAUUUAGGGUUGAAACCGGCCAGUGUCGAUCCAGCAAGUAUCAAAAGACAAACAUCAAGGGUGGAAGUCAAGAAGAAGAGACAAAGAAAGGGGAAGGUUACGAACACGCAUAUGGCCGGUAUUUUGAAGGAUUAUUCGAGCAGAGGUUAA